AUGGAUAAAGCUCUGUGGGACACAGCAGGAGACGAAAGUGACUUUGAUGGGUUAGUUAGACCAGUUGUGCUGCUAGGAAGUCCUGAUAAGAAGAAGCACAGAUCUAGUACAUAGGGAAUUUCCUUUUCUUCUCAAUCAGAGUAUGCUCCACCAACAAAUACAAGUUCAGAUGUUCUUAUUGCUUCCAAUCCUUUCGAUGAUGAAUACACCAUAUCACCGCCCUUUGGGAAUCCUUAUUUCCAUAAAACUGGAUAUUCUGCUGUUAGGAAUUAUACUUUUAGAAUGCCUACCAGCAUGCCACACAGAAUGUUGUCUCAGUUUUCUGGAUCCUAUACUUUCAGAAAUCAAUCCCCAUCAUUCCCAGAAGACAGAAUGGUGAUGACAUUUGGCAAACCUCGCCUAUUUAAUACGGGUUUACAGAAUAACAUAAACUAUGAUAAAGAACUCUUUACUAACAGGAGUGGUCAAACUAUUACUCUGCCAGGACAGCACUUUAGAACAAAUCGUCAAGACUUCAGUACUAUGACCGCACACAACUCUAUGCCAAUUUACAACUUUGAGACAAUUUCUAAUAAAGGCAUGGGGAUGGAAAGCAGCAAUCCAUAUACUGAUUAAAAAAAUCACUUUCUUCAUACAAGAAUAUCUACUUCAAGGGCAGACUUUUCACCAGAAUUUUAUAAAAAUGCUAAUCAGAGUUCCACACCACAUACAGUCUCGGAUGGAAUAAUUCAUUUUUCUUCUGAAGCCAAUCCAAAGAGCCGUAAAAAACAAUUAAUUGGUACAGAAAAUGUGCAGCCUAAAAUUGAUCAACUUGUUAAUGGUGGCCAUACUAAUGGAACUCGAAAGCAUCAAGCACCUAGAGUGGCUAAAGAUGAUGUAACCGCUAAUGAAAAAUGUAACAGGUGGCUUCUCAAUUCUUCUUAUAGCAGCAGUUUACCCUGCAACACUUUAUAUUCUUGUGCUGUAUGUACUAAUGAUAUUCAUGAUGUCCAGGAUGCUGUAAGGUGUGAAGCAUCGUGUUUGAAAUAGUUUCACCGAACCUGCACUGGGAUGACUGAAACAGCUUAUGCACUUCUAACCGCUGAAUCCUCUGCCAUUUGGGUUUGUGACUCUUGCUUUUCCACAAAAGACAUCCAGCUAUUACGCACCAGUAAAAAUAUAAGUUGAGGUUGAUGGAUGUUUGACAUUUAACCUAUGUUUAUUCUUAUUUUGUGAAGUAAUAAGGUACUACAGAGUGUCCUAGCUAUUUCUGCUUUAUGUUGCAGCAGCAGUUCAUGAUUGGGUACACCUGUUAGAAAUGCUCUUUGCUAGAAUAUAUGAACAAACAUAUAGAGCGUUAAUGCAAGUUGUAUAAAAUUAAGGCCU